AGUUCAUCCGUAGCUCUGGAGGUGAAGUUGGUAGCAGUUCCUGUAUGUGAAGAGCUGUAAGGAUCUAUUUAUUGGUCUCUGACUGGAAGAUGAAGAUGUUGGUGGUGUUUGGGAUCGUCCUGCACGUGUCCCUACAUAGUAGCCUGGCUGCAGUGAUUGAGGUCUAUGGAGAGGCUGAGUCUGCCCUGCUGCCCUGCUUCUAUGGAGGAUCACUUCCUGAAAAAGAUCCCUCGGUGAUUUGGACUCGUAAUGAUCACAACCCCAAGGUGUUCCACCUACGAGAAGGAGGAGAUGAUCCAGGAGGACAAAACCAGAUCUACAAAGGAAGAACAUCAAUGACUCCUGAUGCUUUGCAAACUAGAAACUUUAGCCUCACAUUUAGCAACCUUCUACUGUCUGACAGUGGAAACUACAUCUGCAGCAUCAGUGAUGGAAUAAAGGAGCUAAAACUGACUGAGGUCCAGCUGAACGUCAAAGAUGAUCAGGAGGUGGUGAACGUGAGAAAAGAGGCAGAAUCUGUCGUCCUGCCCUGUAAAACAUCUGCUGGUUUGCCAAAGGACACCAGAGUGGAGUGGAUCCGAUAAGAACCAGAAUUUAUGCUUGUUUAUGUGUAUCCAACCACAAGCAGCCAUCAUGCAGAACAGCAUGAUUUUUACCAUGGUCGUACGAGGAUGAAUGAAGACCUGCUGAGAACUGGAAACCUCAGCCUGACCCUGGAGUACCCCACUGACAGAGACCAUGGACGGUACAUCUGCACCGUCCACAGAAACAAGGACAUCCUCAGACAGAGAGUGGCUCUGGAACAAGUCCAACCUCUGGACCCAGGUACAAUGUCAGGUCUGCAAGUUAAAGCUCUAGAUGGAGGUCAAAGGUCAGAUGUUCAGUAGUCUUUGUUUUCCCACAGAAGGUUUACCAGCCUGGUCCAUAGCUGUACCGGUAGUGGUGGUUCUCCUGGUUCUCCUGGUUCUCUUGGGGUCUGCAGGUGCUUUGUUUUAUUUCCGGCACUGUUUCAUGUCAGAAUACAAGGUGGAGGUGGAUUCAGGGGUGGAGUCUGUCCUGCUGCCCUGCAGAACCAUAGUUCACCUGCCUGU